CUAUGUCAAGCAGGAUAGAAGACAGGCGUGAUCGUAGAGACCGAAGUCGCAGCAGGGAGCGUUAUCGCCAUGACAGACGGGACCACUCUCGGGACGGACGUCUAGACCGAUGCGAAGAGCGACGCUCUCGGGCAGACAGAGAAGAGGGCGAGUUCCGCCGCUCCCGCAGCCCCAGACGAAGGUCCCCCUCGCCGCGUCGCUCAACAUCACGUUCAAGACAGCGAAGGCCCUCACGUUCACGCUCAUACUCUCCGAGCGGCGAACGCCACCGGAGCGAGCGCAAGGACCGCAGGAGGUCUCGCUCGCGCUCUCGUUCUGUUUCGAGCAGCUCGUCAAGCUCGUCGGAUGGUAGGCGGCACAAGAGGGGGCACAAGCACCACAAACGGAAGCGUAGCCGGAGCAAGGAUAGGGAGAAAAAGGAGCGGAAGAAAGAGAAGAAGGACAAGAAGAAGAAGAAGAGUGACCAUUCCGUCGGUGCACAGUGGGGUAAACACGGCAUCAUCAGCGAGACAGACCUAUACACCAAAGAAGCUGAAUUCCGUGCCUGGCUCGUCGAGGAGCGCAUGAUCAACCCGGAGACCAUCUCGAAGGACCAAACAAAAAAGGAAUUCGCGCGCUUCACCGAGGAUUACAACACCGCGACGCUCUCGCAUGAGAAGUUCUACAACAUUGCGUCGUACGAGGCCCGCAUGGCUGCGCUCCGCGCUGGCGAGUUCCUUCCGCCGACGGACGACGGGUACGACCCCAACGCGGACAUGCGCGCGCUUCAAGGCGCCCACCGUCGUAAGCCCAAAGAGCGGGGCGAGUCAUUCCUGACGCGUGAGCAGCUCAUGGAACUCCGCAAGGUGCAGGCAGAGCGUGUAGAAGUGGGUAAGAUGAAGCUGCUCGGGAUGGAUGUCAAGCAAAAUAUGGGUGUUCGCAUGGAUGGCACUUCAUUCGACGAAGGGCCUUUCUGAGUGUAUU